AUGCCUAGAUUUGCCCAGCUGGUGAUAGGGCCAGCUGGUUGUGGGAAAUCAACUUAUUGUAGUACAAUGCAAGCUCAUUGUGAAACAUUGAGGAGGAAAGUUGAUGUGGUCAAUUUGGACCCUGCAGCGGAGUUUUUUGAAUAUACUCCACUAGCGGAUAUACGAGACCUUAUUCAUUUAGAUGAUGUAAUGGAAGACGAGGCUAUACGUUUAGGUCCAAACGGUGGACUUAUUUUCUGCUUAGAAUAUCUUCAACAAAAUUUGAACUGGUUGGAUACUGCACUUGGUGAUAUAGAUGGAGACUAUUUAUUAUUUGAUUGUCCUGGUCAAAUUGAAUUAUACUCACACCUACCGAUUAUGCCACGAAUAAUUGAAUAUAUGCAAAGAAAAUGGGAUUUUCGUUUUGUUACAAUAUUUAUUUUGGAUGCUAGAUUUCUCGUAGAUUCAUCACAUUUUCUAGCUGGUGUAUUGUCUGCUCUCUCUGCUAUGGUAUCCUUAUCAACUGCUCAUAUAAACGUAAUGUCUAAACUUGAUUUGUUAUCUGAACAAAAACAAAAAUAUGUCAUGGCUCGUUAUCUAAAUCCUGAUAUGGAUUACUUUUUUGAUCUGGAUCAAGUAUUUGAUGAAGAAGACGGUGGGGAACAUCACGAAAAGGAAGCCCCAUUUAAUAAACUUACUCAUGCACUAGCUGAUUUGAUUGAGCGUUACAGUGUAGUUCAUUUUGUCCCACUAAACAGGGAUAAAGAAGAUACUAUAACAGACUUACUAGUUCAAAUUGAUCAAUGUUUACAGUAUGAUGAAGAAGUUGAUCCUUCAAAUCGAGCGUUUGACGAUGCUGAACAAGAGUUAGUUAGAUUUCAAGUAUUCCUAAUCCUGACUGGUUCCCUUUCAUUAUGGUUACUUGAAAUAUUAUGCAGAUCAGUCAACUCAGGUUCUCAUACACAUUUGUUUUUGGAAACUCUUACCCAUGGAUUAACUGGUUCAAUGUUUUGGCUAUGUUGUUUGAUUAGUAUAAAUGGUAAACUAGAUUUAUAUACCACAGGUUACCGAAAAAAUAUAAUUAUGACUCUUGAGUCAUGUUUUUGGGCAGCAUUCGGUGCAAUACUACCGGAUAUUGAUCAUUUUAUAGCUUCAGGAAGUACAAGCAUUGAACUUGCACGUCAACUUCCUGGUAGACCAUUUUUACAUUGGGCUGGUUUAUAUCUACUUAUUUAUACUCUUUUAAUUAUUGGUUUAUUUUUCAUAUCUUAUCCUAUAUGUUUAAAAUUCAAUAGAUUUUUCACUAUAUUUUGGUGUUUCAUAUUUAUUCCAUUUAUAAGUCAUAUUAUACGUGAUGCAAAUAAACGUGGUUUAUGGUUAUGGCCUCCACCAGACUUUUAUACAUUAAUGAAUCUAUCAAAUUUUACAUAUAAUAUAUUAUAUCCUAGUAACCCGGGAAUGGUUCAUUUAAUCAGAACACUUUUAUUGUAUUUAGUUGUUUUAAUGUUUAUCAUUUUAGUAUUCCGUCAAUAUGCUUAUUCUUUUCAUUGGGAUAUAUCCAAUUUUGCACCAAUAACAUCUUAUCUUAUUGGUAAAACAUUAUCUUGUUUAAUCAUUAGUAUUCGUUCAAAUAAUGGGAGCUCUCAAAGAUGGAUUGCACGUCAACGUUCAGAUCCUUACGUAAAACGUGCUCAUCUUGAAAGUUAUAGAUGUCGUAGCGCAUUCAAAUUAUUACAAUUAAAUGAUAAAAUUUCCGGUGGAAUUUUUAAACCUGAUGAUAUUGUUGUUGAUUGUGGUGCUGCACCAGGAUCAUGGUGUCAAGUAGCUUCAUCUUUAACCAAUUGUAAUAAUAAUUUCAAAGCUUCAAAUAAUCAAAACAAAGGUUUAGUAAUUGGUCUUGAUUUGUUAAACUUCGCACCAUUACCUGGUGUUAUUACAUAUUGUGGUGUUGAUUUAAAUAAUUGGUCUGAAUGUAUAAAUUUAAUUAAUCAAUCAAUUUCCAAUCAUUUUAACAAUAAUGAUAAUGGCCGUAAACCGUUACAAUCCGAGAGACAGAAAUCACUGCCGGGUGUUGAUAUUGUCCUCAGUGACAUAGCUCCAAAUGUGUCAGGAAUGCGUGAAAUCGAUAUACCAGCUAUGAUGACAUUAGCGUAUAAUAUUUUACGAGUAGCAAUCAGUGUUUCAAAAGAAGGGGCCAGUUUCGUGAUUAAAUUAUUUGAAAGUGCGGAAGCUGAAGAAUUUAAACAAACAGUUUCACAGUUUUAUACAUUAAACUCAAAGUGUUCUUCAUUUACGCGUUUUAUUAAACCGGAAGCUAGUCGAAAAGAGUCAUCAGAAAUCUAUUUAGUUGCUAGAGGUUUUCAACUUCCUCAAAGUAAACAGGACAGUUAA